CAACGAGAGCUGGCUGGCUUUGCUGCCAAAAUGAUGCAUACUCUGCACAACCUGAUGCUUCUUUCUUUACUGACAUUUCUCCAACACAAUGCUCAGGGGAGUGAGAUUGUGAGGGGUGCUAAGGUGCCUGACAACUCGAUGCUGUACAUGGCUUCAGUGCAAAUAGAAGGAAAACAUUCAUGUGGAGGAUUUCUUGUGAGUGAAGACUUCGUGCUCACGGCUGCCCACUGUAACCAUAAGGAUUUUAUGACUGUUGUUCUUGGCACCCAUAAUCUCAAGAAGGUUAAUGAUGGCACGAUGAGAUACAACAUCACCAGAUGCAUCCAUAAAGAUUAUAAAGGGGUUAAAUAUGGUAAUGACAUCAUGCUUCUCAAACUGUCCAAGAAAGUGAAACUUAACAGCAAAGUGCAACCGAUUCGACUGCCUGGGGCUCAGAUCACAGUGAAAGAUAAAGCAAAGUGUAAUGUGGCUGGAUGGGGCAAAACAAAAACCGGCGGUAACAGUUCUGAGGUGCUGAAAGCAGCUGACGUGUCCGUUGUCAACCUGAAUGAAUGCAGGAGAAAAUGGGAACGAGAACGGGAACUCCCAAAUAAUAUCAUCUGUGCUGGUGGAUAUGGAUCUAAGAAAGGCUUCUGUGACGGAGACUCUGGAGGUCCUCUGGUGUACAACAAGAUGGCUGUUGGAAUUGUGUCUUUCAACUUGAAGGGUGACUGUAACUACCCAAAUGUGCCCAAUGUGUACACAGAUAUAUCAAAAUACAUUCCAUGGAUCCAAAAGAUUCUCAAGCAAAAACGUUUUUGUGACACGAUGUACCGUCUGGGUAAAAAUCUAAUCUUCCUGAUUCUGACAUGUGUCGGACUCCUCGCUCAUGGGAGUGACAUCAUAAAUGGGGAGAGCGCCCCAGACAACUCUUUGUUGUAUAUGGCCUCCGUGCAAAACAUCUUGGGUCAUGCAUGUGGAGGAUUUCUCAUCAACGAGGAGUGGGUGCUCACUGCUGCACAUUGUGAUGAUAAUUUUAUCACACACGUCAUUGUUGGAAGCCACAAUCUCAAGCGGGAGAAAAACAGUAAAAUUGCAAUUGAAAAAAAAUGCAAGCACGAAUCUUACAAAAAUGUUGGACUUGGUGAUGACAUCAUGCUUCUUAAACUGUCCUCUAAAGCCACUAUAAGCCAUACCAUUGGUGUGAUUCAAGUUCCAGUCUCUGACAUAAACUUGGAAGAAAAUCAAGUGUGCUUUGUGGCUGGAUGGGGUGCCAUUAAAACCGAAGGCAUUAAUGUUGAUGAACUGAGAAUGGUGAACGUGUCUGUCAUAAGUCCACAAGCCUGUGAACGUGAAUGGUUUGGCCUUCCUUCGAACAUCAUCUGUGCAGGUGGAAGCACAGUGAAAGGGUUCUGCCAGGGUGAUUCUGGUGGUCCGCUGGUGUGCGGCGGCAAAGCUGUUGGUAUUGUUUCUUUUAACAGCAACAGAAACUGCAAUUACCCAGAUAAGCCCAACGUCUACACGGAUACGUCAAAAUAUCAUAACUGGAUCUUCAACAUCGUCAAGAAUAGCUGUUGAAUGUAAACUUGUUAGACAAAGCUUUGCUGCAGUAAAUGGUCUUUGUAUAUGGGAGGUGAGGUUGUCUCUCGCUUUAUUUGCUGUUGAAGAG